AUGGCUACAAGUGAAGAAUGGCAGUGUCGGAAGUUUGAGAAUGGACUGAGAAGUGAGUUGAAGCUGCUGAUCUCCAGUUUGUGUAUUAGAUCAUUUCCCGCUAUGGUUGAAAGAGCGAAGGUGUUGGAGAAGAACGUAGCUGAGGUAGAGCAACAGAAGAAACAACAAGUGGCUAGAGGGCCGAUCUUGUCUAGAAACAAUGCGAAUCCGAGAAGGACACCUUACGUUCAUCCAGCACAAUCAUCAAAUCAUAGUGGAUCGCAAGCAUUGGUUGCUGUCGGGCAGUCUGGGCAGCAGGGGAAUGUGACUUGUUUUCAGUGUGGAGGACCACAUUACCGUUCGUCAUGUCCUCAACUAGUGGGAGGAAAAUACUGCACUCGUUGUAGGAGGAACGGACAUCUGGAGAAUGAGUGCAACAUGGGAGGACGAGCGGUGAUGAGACCACCGAACGCUGGAAGGAAUCAACCGAGAGGUGGAGGUAGAGCUCAAGCGGUUGGACGUGUAUAUGCCAUAAUAGGGGCAGAGGCAGCAAGCUCAGGUACACUCAUCACCAGCACCUGCUUAGUAUAUGGAAUACCCUGUUGUGUGUUAUAUGAUUCGGGGGCGACACACUCCUUCAUCUCGAAGGCGUGCGUUGAGAAACUGGGGUUAGCUGAGAGCGAGAUGCAGUUUGACUUGGCGGUGUCAACCCCAGCGGCUGGUGAGGUUAGGACGUCUACAGUCUGUGUUAGAUGUCCUAUUGAGGUAGAAGGGCGUAGGUAUAAGAUGAACCUUAUAUGUUUACCUCUCAAGGAGUUAGAGGUGAUCUUAGGAAUGGAUUGGCUGACUACCAAUCGCAUUCUCAUAGACUAUGGUGCUAAGGAAUUGGUCUUUUUUGAGGAAGAUGAAGAAGUGUUAUCUGUGACGCUCGGUCAACUAAAGGAGGACAUCAUGGAAGGCGCCAGCUGUUUUCUGAUAAUGACUCACGAAGACAAGGAGGUUUGA